AUGUCUGAUCAUAGUCAACCCACCAGCCCCGUGCACUCACCCAGUUCAACAGGCUCGCCCCGAGCAGCUGUUGAAAUACUCGAGCCACCCUCUUCCGGCUUUGCUAUUACCGAGACUUUGCGUAAUCUAGGCACGACCGUUCGGAGUGUUAUCUCCAACUUUGGCCAAACGUCAGCGUCGGUUGGCAGUGCAAUGGAGGUUGAGGCCGAGGAUAUGGAAAUGGACGCGAACGACGUUGUCAGCGCUGGACCAGCCUCACCAAACUCGCCUUCGUUUGGGUCGGUGGCUUCGCUAUCUGGUGAUGGAGGGAGGAGCGAGGGCUUCUUGUCGCCAAGAAGUGAUUUUACGUCGAGAACUCUUGCAAGUCAUUCACCAAUAUUGGCUGCAACGUCCCGUCGGCAGCUCGAUAUUUCUCAGUUUGGCACAAGUCGGAAGGGUGGCAUUGAUCAUGAUGACAUAACUCUUGCUGGUCAGGCCUUUUCUCCGCGUCGGCGUGGCGACGUUCAACCUUCUCAGUCCAUAGAUAUUGCUCGUCUAUUGGACAGUGACGUGCGCCUUCGCGAUUCUGGUGAUAGGCCCAGAGCUAUUCGUGAUCCAGCUGGGGCAAUAUCUUAUAUAGCUGGCAGUUCUAUUAGUCUACUCGAGGUUAAAGUGGCAUUUAAAGACUAUUUGGAGAAUUUCAGAAUGCAGAUGAGGAAAGAGAAAGAAGGGAAAGAAGUCAACGAAGAAGAUCUAGAACCUUUCUAUCCAAGAUACCUACAGAAGAAUAUGGAGAUGGGUGAUAACAGAUUCAACCUUGAUCUUCAGAACCUGCUUGCAUACCCUCCUACUGUUAAAUUGUAUCAUCAUUUAAUCAAGUAUCCUCACGAAAUAUUGACUACGCUGGAUGAUGUUGUUACCGAAGUUAGACCGUUUAAUAUUGGCAAAUCGACAAACAUGAGAGAUUUGAAUCCUUCUGAUGUCGACCAUCUUGUAUCAAUUAAAGGACUGCUUAUUAGGGUAUCACCAGUAAUUCCUGAAAUGACGAUAGGUGAUCAGAUUGAUAGCCAACAAAUCCGACUCGAAAUUACUGGUGUCUUCCGAUCAACACCGAUGAGAGUCAAUCCGCGUCAUAGAAACGUCAAGUCGUUAUUCAAGACAUUUAUCGACGUGGUACAUAUUCGCAAAUCGGAUAAACGUAGAAUUGCCGCCGAUAGGGAAUCUCUUGAAAACGAUCCGGAUAUGACUUACGACGAAAGCGAUGAAAUACGUACUGAUGCCGAGGGAGAUGAGGCUCGACUAAUCGAGUUGUCCCGUCGAUCUGAUUUGUAUGAACUGUUGUCACGGUCAUUGGCUCCUAGUAUCUAUGAAUUGGAUGAUGUGAAGAAGGGCAUAUUAUUACAAUUGUUUGGUGGGAACAAUAAAGUAUUUAAAAGAACGGCGGCACCACGCUAUAGAGGUGAUAUUAAUAUAUUAUUGGUGGGCGACCCUGGAACGAGUAAAUCACAGAUUUUGCAGUAUGUGCAUAAAAUUGCAUCACGUGGUGUAUAUACAUCUGGUAAAGGUUCUUCAGCUGUGGGAUUAACAGCAUAUGUUUCACGUGAUCCUGAUACGAGACAACUGGUAUUAGAAAGUGGUGCGUUGGUGCUCAGCGAUGGCGGUGUCUGUUGUAUUGAUGAAUUCGAUAAAAUGUCUGAAUCAACUAGAUCGGUACUUCAUGAGGUCAUGGAACAACAAACAGUGUCCGUUGCUAAAGCUGGUAUAAUCACGACUCUGAAUGCCCGAACGUCAAUACUUGCAUCGGCCAAUCCGAUACACUCAAAAUAUAACCCAAAACUAUCUAUCGUUGAAAAUAUUCAAUUGCCACCCACACUCAUGUCGAGAUUUGAUCUUAUUUACUUGGUUCUCGACAAAGUGGAUGAACAUUCGGAUAAGCAACUUGCAAAGCACAUAGUGUCCCUAUAUGUUGAGGACUCACCGCAGACGGAUGAAAACAGAUUUGUGCCUAUUGAGACAUUGACAAAGUACAUAGCAUAUGCUCGCAAACACUGCAAACCAAAACUACACGUUGACAAUAAUGAAGCCUAUCAAGCGCUCGUUGACGCGUAUAUUUCAAUGAGAAAACUAGGAGAAAAUCCGCGCACGAGCGAAAAGAUUAUCACAGCGACGACAAGACAGCUCGAAUCUAUGAUCCGACUAUCAGAGGCACACGCACGGAUGAAACUGGCAGAAUAUGUCGAAUUGGAAGAUGUCCAGGAGGCCGCGCGAUUACUACGCGAAGCUAUCAAACAAUACGCAUGGGAUCCGGAGACAGGCAAGAUAGACAUGGAUCUGAUAAACACUGGACAAGGUACUCACGAAAGACGCAUACUGGAAGACAUAGGAAAUGCUUUACAAGAACUACUCAGGAAGAAAGGUGGAGCACGCACGUCGUGGAGAACUCUAUUACUCGAAUUAAACGAACAAUCUGAUUUGGAAAUCACUGAGAGACAGUUCGAAACUGCCGCGAGAACUUUAGAGCAACAAGGUGUUCUUAGAAUUACGGGCAAUGGAGCUGAGCGCACUAUAAGUAUAUAG